AUGUCAAAUAAUAUGGAGGGCUUGAAUGAAGAUGUCAUCAAAAGGAUGGAGGAUCUUCGUAUUGGCAACAGACCUCCAGUUCUCUAUCAGGGUUAUGUGGACGACUUCGCUCCCCCAGUCGGUCCUCCUCCAGGGAGGCCACCGGCCAGCGACGUUAUAACACAAGAAUCUUACGAGACUUCGGCUCCACCGGACAAGAACAAGAAGGACAAGAAGUUUUGGGGCUUAUCGUCUAACAAUUUACUUAGCUUCGCCGCAGGUGCAGCGGUGGGGACUACAGUAGGUGGUGUGGUAGGAUACAAGGUUGGCAAGCGCAAAGGUAAAAAAGAGGAGAUGGAGAAAUCGGAAGAGAAUGGAGACGCGGGGAGCGAGGAUGGAGAGGACGACAGUGAAGGAGAAGACGCCGUUGAGGAAGAUAGCACGGCAUAUGCGGAGUACUCACAAUUCAACGAGUGGCCGCUGCUGGACGUUGACCGCGAGUGCGACAAUUGUGAUGAGACUAUCCUUGGGCCCUAUAUUCACUGCAAGAAAUGCAACGACGGCGACUUUGAUAUGUGUCAGGGUUGCCUCUUUCAAGGGUUCGGCUGCAAAGGCAAAGGACACAAGUGGCUCAAAAAGUACCCCAGGCGCUUCUGUGAUCCGUGUGGCCAGCUGAUCCAGGGCUGGUAUUGGCAUUGUCCUAUUUGCAACGACGGCUAUGAUAUUUGCCAGAGCUGUGGAGACGACAACGGCCAGCAAUGCUUUGAUCAGCCAGAUCACGACUACACGCUGAUUUAUAUUCCUCCUCGCCACUAG